AUGGCAAGAGGAAUGCAGAGCCUGCCGAACUCGAACCACCGUUUCUAUCAUCUACCAGACCAGAUCAUGAACCCCUCGGGGUUCGGCCGUGGAGAUUCUGUCAGCAUGUUCAGCACAGAUGGGAUCGGCGGAAUCGGCUUUGGCGUCGGCGUUUCCGUCGGUGUGCUGCUUCUCGUUAUCACCAUCGCUCUUGCAUUCAACAGCUGUGCUCGAACCAACGCCACCUCUUCCAGGCGGCCUGCGAGAAGGCUCGCCGGUGCGAUGGCGGACGUGGAAACCGGACUUGACGAGGCCACGUUGAUGAGGUACCCGAAGGUCGUCUUCGCGCAGGCCAAGCUCGUUGACGAGGGAGGUGCAGCCUCGCGCUGCUCGAUAUGCCUCUCGGAGUACGAGGACGCCGACGUGCUUCGGGUGUUGCCGGAGUGCGGGCACCUGUUCCAUUUGAAAUGCGUCGAUCCAUGGCUGCGGUUGCGGCCGACGUGCCCGCUCUGCCGCACGACGCCGUUGCCGAGUCCCUCGCCGACGCCGCUUGCUGAGGUCAUUCCAUUGGGAAGGCAGUCACGAUAG